AUGUGGGGUACCUUUCGGGUGUGGGAUGCUUGUUUAACUUCUAUAUUCAUCUUGUUCCUUAUUUACCUGGGUGCAUUGCGUUUUCAAAAGCUUCUUGUCGAACCGGCUCCUAUUUCAAUCUGUGCUGGGCCGAUCGAUAUACCAAUAAUAAAGUCUCCAGUCAAUUGGUGGAAUACAUCGCAUCAACCUGGGAGCAUUAGCUGA